CUGUCGGGUUCAGCCAGUAGUCUCGUAAGACUUUUCUUGUUGUCGUGUGUACAACCCCGCUGCCGUCGCCGCAUCGCGCGUUUUUCUAUCGGGGCGCAUCCACGACGCAAUUUGUCCCGUCGAGUUAAAAGAAUCCUACGACAUCGGUUGUAGUAGUCAGCGAGCACCGAAGGCAAAAACAGGCGUUCGUUUAACCGCACGUCCUCGAAUCUACAGUCUGUCCCUCUCUCUCCCUUCUUCCCCCCUUUGAAUUUUACGAGAGAGACGAAAACGUCGACCCCCCCAUAGCGGUGGUGGUGGUGGGUGGAGUCCGCGGCAAUCAUCGGUGGCAAAAAUUUGCGGUUAGACGAAAGAACUAAGCUACCGGCGGUAAUUUACCUGACGAUCGGCUUCUGAAUUUUACAUCGGUCGCGACAUAACAUCAUUUUAACGAACACACGUGAAUUUUUUUUCUCAGCUCGAGAUUUUCGAGGCUUUUAGUGACUUAAGUCGUAUACAGUGUGGACCUUUUGGUGCUUGCUUAAGUCAGUUGACAAUUUCUAUGGUUUUCCUCUGUACAGUAAACUUACCAGUUCGGUUUUGAAUUUGCAACCAAUAGAAAGACAGUGUUGUGCGCGGUAUUGCCAUGUUUUACGGUGAAAACGGGCAUUAAAGUAGUCGGAGGCUGGGACACUAUGUCCCAGUUUGGAUUUAGAGCUUCGCCUAGUACACAGAGCGCGGUUUCGUCUGGCCCGUCACAGACAUCCCCACCACCCAGCGGCAUGGCCGUGACGUCAUCGGCCCCGACCGCCGCCGGCACACCGCCCGCGUCUGCGCAACGGUGUUGCGAUACCGGACGUCCCAUUUUCACCGACCCGAUUACCGGCCAGACCGUUUGUUCUUGCCAGUACGAAUUACUUGGAUACCAACGAUUAGCUGGUGCUGGAGUAGCUGGCUUACCAGCCCUAAGUAUGUAUAGUGCCCCUUACCCCGAAGGUAUGGCCGCUUACUUUCCGGCCCUAGGGGCUGACCAAGCCCCAUUUUACACCUCAACGGCUGCAGGGUUAGACCUUAAGGAAAACCUAGCGGCAGGAGCUGCAGGUUGGCCCUACCCUUCUGUCUACCACCCUUACGAUACCGCUUUCGCCGGCUAUCCCUUUAACGGAUACGGCAUGGACCUUAAUGGUGCUAGAAGGAAAAAUGCAACCAGGGAAACAACCAGUACCCUUAAGGCGUGGCUGAACGAACACAAGAAAAACCCUUAUCCCACAAAGGGAGAGAAAAUCAUGUUGGCCAUCAUCACCAAAAUGACUUUAACCCAGGUAUCCACGUGGUUCGCAAACGCCCGAAGACGACUCAAAAAAGAGAACAAAAUGACCUGGGAACCCAGAAACCGAGUCGAAGACGACGACAAUAACAACGACGACGACGAUCAAGACCACAAAAGUACCGACGGCAAAGACAUUUUAGACUCCAAAGAUUCCGGUACUGCCUCGAGUGAGGACGGCGAUCGGCAGCCUCACUCGCGCCUCGCCCCCGAUACUCCUUCGGAGUGGAGCGAGUCACGACCAGAUAGCGGUCCAGACAGUCCGGAGAUCUACGAACGACCGCCUCAUCCCGCUUUUUUGCCCCCCAGAUCAUCGGGUAGUCCUCCGCAGAUAAGUCAGAGUGUACCCACGAAACCGCGGAUUUGGAGUUUGGCGGAUAUGGCCUCCAAGGAGUCUACCGACGGUAGCACGGGGUCUUCGCCUGGUGGGAUGUACGCCAGCCGAUUGAUGGGUCCACUUACGAGUAGUAGAUUGCCACCACCUGGAUUACAUACUGCUCCGUAUGCUAGACCUCAUGAUUUUUAUCGAAGUCUAUAUGGUCCAGCAGCGGCCCAACACCUGGCCGCCUCCCAAGGCGACUCCAACCUCCUAGAAACUUACCAAAGAACCCUCGCCGCCCAACAGAGCGCCAUUAAAACAAGUUUGGCCAGCUCGGGUAGCAGUUCACUUGCAGUCAGUUCUUCCAACCUGACGGCCACAUCAUCCUCUGGUGACCUGGGGGUAAGUCGACCCCACGGUCUUCCCUUGGGACUUACCACGCAUCCGAGCAGCCGAAUGUCGCCGAGUUCCACCACGAGUUCUUUAAGUUCCACGGGUGCGGACAGUCCGAUCAAACCGAUCGCCCUUAAUAAGGUUUGAUGUAUAGUGGCUACUUAAGUAAUUUCGGAAGAGUUUUUUUCUUGCUGUUGUUGUUUCUUGAUUUGUUGUUGAUCUACCUCUUUUUGUCUGUGUUUUUUUUUCUGUCUUGGUUUUUUUUGGGUGUUGAUGGGGAAGUGCGCGUGAAAGGAAUAUAGUUUUUGGUAAGUGUUGAUUUGGUUUUAAAUAUUAAGGCAAUUUAUACUAGAGUUAGUCCAGUUAUAUUAAGAAUUAUAUUUAGUAUUACCCGUUAAACGGCAGUAAGAUGGUAUAUUUAGUGUGAAUUUGUUCCAAUUAAAGUUUGAAAUCUCAAGCAGAGCAUUGAGCACUCUACAAAUUUUAAUUAAGUCUUAAGCGGCCUAGGUAAAAGGUUUGGAAAUAUCGAUCAUUUUACAUACUGGAAGCUAAGGAUAAGAAAGAAGGACGGAUCACUUUUAAGUUCAAAAUUUAAAAAACUGUGCAGAAUACUCUGACAAGAUAAAUAACAUGAUACUUAAAUAAAUAUUAUCUAUAAAUUGUAUCCAGGGCAUAGGGCAGUUCAAGCAAAAAAUAUCGAUUUUUUGGACUAACUAUGUAGUGGCUAUAAGAACAUUAGAGGAGUAACCAUAAUUGGAGUAACGUCACUUUAAAAUUUUUAAUAUAAAAAACUAAUACAAUAAUACAAUAUUAUUAAUAUUAUCCCUUACACAUUUUUAGGAUUUCAAGUUUAUGCCAGUUUUAAUAAGUAGUGGAGUCCAAAAGUAAUGUCUAGUCUUUAAAGUGAUCACCCACUUCAAUAUCCAAAAUUUAACAACACUAAUUUGAAUAUUCUUCCUAAACAAGAAAAUGAUAUCAUAUAAAUUUUGUGAAAGGCAUAAGCCAGUCUAGGCUAGCCUUUUGCAAAUAUUGGGCACUGCAUACAGUGGAGUUAAAGUACAAGACUUUACCUUCAUUGUUGACUACUUAUUGACUACUUAUUGCAAAGUUUAAAAUCUAAGAACUUGUUUGGAAUAUUAUUACCAAUUAAUUGAAAAGUACGACAUUUAGAAAAUUAUUUCAUACAAAUUUUGCUGAAGGCAUUGGCCAGUUCAGUAGUGUAGUAGUGGAGUCCAAGGACAAUUUCUAGUGUUUAAGGUUUCACCUAUUUUGAAAUCCAAAAUCUAAAGAACUAAUAAGAAUAUAGUAUAUUACAUUAUUAUUCUGUAUCAAUUGUGUUAAAAGUAUAAACCAACUUGGAUAAAACAUUCACAAAUAAUGGUCUUUUUUUUUCAUCUAUUGGAGUCUAAGAACAAUGCCUAAUCUUUAAAGUGACCACCCAUUUCAAAAUCCAAAAUCUAAAGAGCUAAUGGGAAUAUUCUUACCAAGUAAAAUUGGAUAUUUAAAAAAGUAUUUUGUAUAAAUUAUGUGAAUGGCAUAAAUCAGUUUAGGGAAGAGUUUUAGGAAUAGUGGUCUUUUUAAGUAGCAGAGUUCAAGAACAAUGCCUAGUCUUUAAGGUGACCACCCACUUAAAAAUCGAAAAUCUAAAGAACUAAUGGAAAUAUUCUUACUAAAUAAAACCAUGAUAUUUAAAAGAGUAAUCUGAACGAAUUAUCUCAAAGAUCUAAGCUAGUUUAAAUAAACAUUCUAGAAUUAUUAAUCUUUUUAAGUAGCGGAGUCUAAAGACAAUGUUUAGUCUAAACGAAUGGAAUAAACUUAAUGGAAUAUUCUUACAAAAUAAAAACAUUUGAAAGGUCAUUCUGUAUAAGCUUUGUAAAAGGUAAAAGCCAGUUUAGGCAAAAAUGUCGAAAAUAUUUAUCUUUUUAAGUAUUGGACUCCAGGGACAAUAUCUAGUCUUUAAGGUGACCACCCACUUGAAAAUUGAAAAUUCAAAGAACUAAUGAAAAUUCUUUUACUAAAUAAAGACAUGAUAUUUAAAAGAGUAAUCUAUAGGAAUUAUGUUAAAGGUAUAAGUUAGCUUCGUCUUUUUAAGUAGUGGAGUCCAAGGACCAUGUAUAGGAAUUUAGGUGACCACCUACUUCAAAAUCCAAAAUCUAAAGAAAUAAUAGGAACAUUCUUAAUAAAUAAAGACAUUAUAUUAACAGGAAUAUAUUGUAUAAAUUUUGUUAAGGUUUUAAACCAGUUUAGGCAAAAAAUUUGAAAAUAUUGGACUUCUUGAGUAGUGGAUUCAAAGAACAAUAGUCUUUAAGAUAACCGCUAAUUUUAAAGUUUAAAACGGAAACAACUGCUGAGAAUAUUCUGAUCAGGUAAAAAGUAGCCUGCCUAAAAAUAAUAUGGUUUAGGUAUCACAUCACUGUAUUUAAAAAUUGCUAAAUAUUUGAAGAACAAAUAGAAAUAUCAACAUGAAACAAAAAACAAGAAAUAUUUAGAAGACUAUUCCUUAAAGUCUUCUUUAAAGCUUAUAUAAGACUGCGUAAUAUUUUUAAAACUAUCUCAGAGGAAAAAUAUCUAAGCAAAAAAAGGUUUACCUAUUUAAGACAAUUUGCUGCCGUUUAAUGUGUAAUUAAAUAUGUAAAAAUUCCUAAUUCCACAGUGUUGCCAGGUUAUACGAAUUUUCAUAAUUAAACACUAAAAUUUUCUUAAAGAGGAAAGCACGUCCUUCACUCGUACUUUUCGUCCAAUCACCCAAAACCAUAAAUCCUUAUUUACUUCUAAUUUAAAUGGAUAAGACCAAUAUGGACAAUACUAACCUAAAAUUUUAAAUAAGUUCAAUUUGGACGCCUUAUGUAUUAAUGUUUUUUUUUGUUUAAAUAUGCUUACAUACUUGUGAUCUAUUAUACAUAUACCAAUUUAUUAUGUACAAUAACUGAUUUAUGUUGGUCAUUACGGUCACAAGUACGUCCUGCUGUACCUAACAAGCUGUAUAUACCAAUUUUUAUGUACUAUAUGUGAUAUAUCUAUUAUUUAUAUCUUUAAAUUAUGUUCCUUAGAAUCUUUUAAAAUAACUUUCAUUAGGCGCCCUUAGACUGUGUAUAAAAAGCUGGAUGUGGCCGUCUUGAGAUUUUUUUAGGGUUUUUCGAAUCUUGCUUUUUUUAAUUAAUUAGAACAUUAAUUUUUUUUUGAAAUUGUGGAUUUUUAUAAACAGUGCAAUAAGAACGACUUUUUGAAUUUAUCGAAAAAGUUUAAUUAAAAAUUUCAGGAUUGUCUACAGCUUUGAUGUAAAAAAUGCUUUUUGACCCAAAUAUGUGUUGGCAAUGGAUAUUUUUGUUCAAUUCUUCAAACUAUUAUGCCAAAUGUUGUCAGCCAAGUAAAUAAUAUUUAAAAACAUAAUAUAAAUAUCUAUGGCCAAUUACAUCCUCCCCCAAUAUGUAAAUAUACGUGAAAAAACUGUCCGAGCAGUAUAAAAAAAAUUGUAUUUUGUAUUAUUGUAUUUAUGUAAAUGUAACUAAUCUUAAAUUCUUAGCUGUAGCUAAUAUUAUAAAUAAAAUAACGUGUUAUACAAAAAAAAAGACGCUAUAACUAUAUUAUAGAUAUCGUGUAAUAAAACUCAUACUAAGCGUAGCUGAAAUAAAAUUUUCCCGUUGUAAAAAAAAUUAAUUUUGUCUUAAAAAUAAAUUUUGGUUUUUGAC